AUGCCGGUCUACGAUCCCCGUGUCCUCCACCUUCUCUCGCGUGUCCUGCCAACGUUGAUAGUGCCGUCCGCAACUCGGCCCCGUGCGACCGCUCAACCCGCCAGAUCUACCGCAGCACCAUCGUCUGUCUGGAGCUGUAUGGUGCACGACACCUCGGUCUGCCCUGCAACGCUAUCGGCGGUGCAGAUAGACGACAACACGCUGCUGCUGGGCGGAUGGAUUCUGCUCGGGUUCAUGGAGGAGUGGUUGCGGGAUCCUCGGAACACGCCUGACGAGGUGGUACCGAGGCCGAUGGUUCCUCACGGCGCGCCGGGGCGGAGGAUGAUUGUACCUAUGAAGGUCAUAGUGGAGACGCUGGUCUAUACCUUGGCUCAGGAUGCAUACCCCCCUAUGGUGUUGCCCCUUGUGUGGGACUUGUACAACGGGGAGAUUGAGCUUUCCUUCAACCAGCCGAUCGCCAUGCAGGUGAUCGGUGCGUACAACAAGUACAAGAAGAAUCAUUUCCGGAAACUUGCGACAUUCGAACUCUUCGACGUCAAACUGGGGAAGUUCCGUCCUGCGUCCGUACACCGCGCUCCCGGCUCCACCUCCUUCCGUCUGCCGCUCCCCCUCACCUACAUCCCCGUCUUCAAGGACUCAACCCUCACCAUCGUCGAGGACGCCGCCGAGCACUCACUCGGCAUUCAACCCUUGAAGCCCAUGUGUUCGAUGAAGAGGAACAUCAUGGACCUCGAGUUCCUGUGGCCGGUGGACAUGCCGCAGCGCCGUCAGCUCAUACGCGCUGAUUGGCAUGUCGAGGGGCAGUGGUGGGGCUCGCAACGUCGGCUCGCGGCCGUGCGUCCGGUGCUGGGCGAGGUGGGCUGUACGGUGGAGGAAGUGAAGUGGGAUGGGGAGGAGGACGUAGAGCUGCUGUCAGACUGCCGCUCAGAUCUUGCGCCAUUCAGCCAGGACAUUAGAAAGUGCGUAGAUGUUGAAUUUGAACUUGUGGGCCUGAGUUGCGUGCAACAAAUCUGGAACACGGACUGGACGUACCAGACCGCCCGGCAGGGUAGGAGCAGCUUCCCGCCGUUGGCGGCACAGACUUUUGAGUCCGAUGGAAAUUACUUUGAGAGCUUUUGGAGCCUUCGAAGGCUUGGCGGGCACUAUGGGAAAUCUCCAAUUGCUUGGGCGGCAAAGGUUCCUCUGUCGAGCAACAUGAUUGCUCUUGUGUGCAGCGCGAUACUGGUGACUCUGGAGGAGGCCCUCAAGGGUAACAUCACCAUCAACUUCGACGAGAAGACAUACGCGCCGGAGCACGACCGCUUCAGAGCCGGUAUCGACAUGCUUCGCCGGUUUGCUGAUCCGAAGAAUCCCAGUUUCAACAAGGGGAUUAGCGAGUUAGUCAAAUCCAUGAACAACUCUCUGGUCAACUGCAUACGAACUGUUGCGAGGAUCGCGGAGCCUGAACUCGAGGUGACCGACUCGGAAGGACAGCGCGCCACUAUUAACCUCAACCUCGACAUGGAUCGUCUGUCCUCUCGGUGGAUGAAAACCGCGGGCCUGUCGUCUGAGAACACUGGUGGAGAGGCCGGCCCGUCGUCGAGCACCCAGAGCCAGCCAUCAGCAUGA